GACAGGAGCAGCUGCUUUCCAAAACUUGGUCUCACUUAAACUAACCUUGUCCACAAUUACAAAAGUGCUUUCUGUUUAGACGGAGUUCAAACAGAGGACUUGAAUUUAUUCAUUGUCAUCUAUUCUAAAUUAAAUCUUGGCAGAAAAUAUACCGAAGGCUGGGCAUUAAAGGAUGGGAAUUUGUGUGUCAAAGGAGGUUUCAAAAGAAGAGCUAAGGAAAUCAAUCAAAAGGCAAAAAGAAGUACCUUCAGAAGAGGAAGAAGCACUUUUGGUUGCUGAGUUGAGGAGCCAGCUGAAGACUGUUUAUGGCCACAGCUCUCUAGGGUUGGCAAUGAUGGAAAUGUCAGAAAUCCCUAAAAUUACAUGGCAGGUAACAGAGGUAGAAAAACUGAAUGUGUCACAUAACUUCCUUCUUCGUAUUAGUCCCAGUGUCGAGAACCUAGUGAAUUUGGUCAUUCUAAAUUUGCUGGGAAAUCAGUUAGCUGCUUUGCCAAAAGAAAUUGGGUCGUUGAGGAAACUGAAGGUCCUGUUUGCUGACUGGAAUUGUCUCAAAGAAGUUCCAAAAGAGCUAAGCCGCUGCAAAAAACUCCAGGUUCUCAGUCUCUCGUACAAUAUGAUUUCAUCUCUCCCUGAGAGCUUUGAAGACCUGAGGCAACUGGAAAAGCUCAAUUUAAGCAACAAUCGGUUUGUGCAAUUGCCAACAUGUGUCUACCGGAUGAGGAGAUUGACCUUCUUGCACAUAGGCUGCAACAAAAUCAAAAGCAUUUCUGAAAGUGUUGGCCAACUGGAAAACAUGAGGAUAUUUAUUGCUGAGAAGAAUAGACUUAGAUUUCUGCCGAAAUCAAUCUGUUUACUGAGGCCGCUUGUGCUCCUCAACGUGAACUAUAAUGAGAUUGAAAAUCUCCCAACAAGCCUGCCCAUGCUGACUGAGUUGGAAAGGGUAGCCUGUCAUUCACUUGAUAAGGGCCUUCAUGUCAAAUGCAACCCCCUAGCAAAACCACUGCCAGACCUCAUACAUGAGGGCCUGGAACCGCUAUAUGAUUAUUUGAAGCCCAAAAGGGACCAUAAAUAAGAAUUGGUUUCUUUUUGAGUUUCUGAAUGUUUGUGGCCUGGAGGGGCUUGAGUUCAGAUUUCAUUUUGCAUCUGUUAGCUUGCUUCUGCAGUUAGACCUACAGAGCCACAACUUGUUUACGUCAUGUGAAAGCAACCAUUGUACUUAAGAAUACGAGUCAUGUAGAACAUGCAUCCUGGAUAUAUUUUCUAAAGCUCAGAAUAAAUUCAA